AUGGUGAAUACCGAAAUUGAGCAAUAUAUAUCGUUCCAUGAUGUGUCAUAUUCUGCCAAGGCCUACAAAUUUUACAUUUACCCAUCUGGUUAUGUGAAGAUCUUGCAUAACUUGACAGGAAUUAUGAAACCUGGAAUUAAUGUGAUCAUCGGACCAACGGGUUGUGGCAAAACUACCUUUUUAGACGUAUUAGCCGGGCGCAGUGAUCCCUCCUUAGUGUCAGGGAUGGUUCUCAUAAACGGCAAAGAUCGACCGCCUAACUUCAAACGAACUUCGGCCUAUGUCAGCCAGAACAACUUUGCAGUGGGAGCACUUACUGUCCGUGAAAAUCUCUACUUCUCAGCAGCCCUUCGCUUGCCUGCCUGGGUCUCGCGCAAGGAGCGGGAAUCCCGUGUGACAGCUCUCCUAACGAAAUUGGGCCUUAACUCUGUCGCUGAUGUCAAAGUUGGUAUGGAGAUAACGCGUGGAAUUUCUGGUGGUGAAAGGAAACGGACGAACAUUGGCAUCGAAUUGAUAACCGACCCAUCUGUGAUAUUUCUUGAUGAGCCGACCACUGGUCUGGACACCCACACCGCCUCCAAGCUGAUGAAACUGCUCAAACGACUGACAGUUGACGGGAAGACAAUUAUCGCCUCGAUUCAUCAGCCCAACUCGUCCAUCUACAAGCUCGUUGAUUCGCUCACCAUUCUCUGCAACGGUCGAACGAUCUACCACGGACCAGUGGCGGAUGGUGCACCACUGAAAUACUUUGGUAGUUUGGGUUACAAGGUGAGUUCACGCGAGAAUCCCGCGGACUUCUUCAUCGAUCUGCUGCACGAGGACCUUCCUGCCAAGGCGAGAGAUCGUCUGCCACCAGCAGAAGGAGACGGCGAGCCAGUGCGAGAAGAAUCCGUGGAGGAUUCAAAACCCAUGUCAAUUUGUGCAGCACGAAUUCAACAACUUCAACGCAUUUUUGAGGCGUCAACGGAGUGGUCCUCGUGGAUGAACGAGGCGAGGGGUAUUUUCUUCACGUGGCGUAGUCUCCAAAAGCCACCCAAGCAGAUGUCUCGUGAAUGCUCCUCCACCCACUUCCACAGCAUCAGCGGCAGCGAGGCUGAAUUGAGUCCACUCAUGAUCAACGCGAGCAAACCCAAGACUGGAGAGAGGGAAGCGACUCAGUCGUGUGAUGAAGAGAUCCAGAACACUGCCAGAGUCUAUCCAACAUCCAUUGACGACGUUUUCGUGACCUGCACAAGGGAUGAGCAAUCGCCAAACGAGGGUGGAGAGAGGGGAGACUAUGAUGUGGAGAAGUGGGGCAAGAAGUGGUACCAGCCGAUACCACUGCAUCAGCAGUUCGGAGUCCUCGCCUCCCGUGGAUUUCUCGACACACUGAGAAAUCCUAACGGAGUCGCCGUGCCCUUCAUUGGAGUGGCCAUCUUCACUCUCAUCCUCGGAACAGUGUACUAUCAAUUGGAUCUCUCAAGUGAGGCGGGCAUCCAAAAUCGAACCGGCCUCUUCUACUUCGUCUGCCUUGAGUUGGCCUACUUCAAUGGCAACGCCGUGGACAUUUUUAUUCGGGACCAGGCUCGAUUCAAACACGAACGUGCGUGCGGAUUCUACUGCACGUCGAUGUAUUUCCUGGCCAAGGUGGUGUGCGAGGUGCUGCCGAUGAAGUUGGGUCCUGUUCUCUUCUUCUUCCCAAUACUCUACGCGAUGACAGGCCUCCGACGCAGCUUCACAGCCAUGCUUUUCUGGCAGGCUGCCUGCCUCUGCAUGGGAGCGGCGUCGACUGCCCUCGUCAUCUUUUGCAUACUCCUCUUCAACCAUGUCGCCUUGGGAUAUGCCGUUGCGGGAAUCCUUUUGUCCUUCAUGAUGGUUGAUGCCCUGACGCGGAUGAGGUCAAGGGCAGCGGUUAAGGAACGUCCGCGUUCACACGAUAUUUCCACCUCAGAUGGUCAUGUCGAGAAACUCGGAAUGCACUGGCAUGCGCAGUUCAUAUGGAGUAAGCACACCUAA